CUCCAGUGUUCAUUUUAGUUCAUCGUGCUGCUCUUUCUCACAUUAUGAAGAACACAGCAUGCUUCUGCGCAGUUGUGUUGCCAUGGUUGCUGUUCCUAUCCUCUCUCGAACGGUCAAGUGAGGAGACGGUGCAUUGCCAGUGGGGGCCAUUUGACGACUGGUCCGAGUGUGAUGGCUGUACUAAAUUACAGACCAGAAGUCGAAGGAUACUAGUGUAUGCACAGUUCGGAAGGAACCCAUGUGAUGGGGAUCGAACAGAAACCAGGUCCUGUGACCUGACAAAGGGCUGCCCUCUAGCGGAUGGAUGUGGAAACAGGUUUCGCUGUCGAUCAGGGAAGUGUGUGAGCCGGUCACUGCUUUGUAACGGAGACUUAGACUGUGACGAUGGCGACGACGAGCAUGACUGUGAUCAUACCAGGAGAUACAUCACUUGUCUAAAUGAUGAGCUCCCACCCAACAUAGAGCUCCUGGGAACCGGGUUUGAUGUGGUGUCAGGAAUGAGCCGUGGCAGUGUCAUCAACACAAAAAGUUUCGGGGGGCAGUGUCGCCCCAUUUACAGUGGCUUUCACAAUGCUCUAUUCCGACUCCCUCUAAGUACAUCCCAGUUGAGAUUCAAGGUUGAUGUGCAAACUGAUUUCAGUGAGGAGAUGUUUACAAGUGAAUGGCAUUAUGCAAAGGAAAUGUCUGCCAGAAGAUUGCACCACCGUAACCUUCAUCCGACACGUGACAUGACUCAGGAACACAAAAUGCUGGUUUCAAAAACUGUCAUGGAGGUAGCCCAAUUUCAAGCAGACUCUCCCCAGUACAUCCCCUUAACCGAGAGCUUUUGGAAAGCCUUGGCCCAACUGCCGCUGGUCUACAACUACGCUGCCUACAGGAAGUUGCUGGAGACUUUUGGAACACACUACUUCUCGGAAGGAAGCUUGGGAGGCGUCGUCACGGUGUUUGCUGUGGCCACUACGGAAACGCAGAGUCAGAAGGUUCCUAGCUGGGGCUUUGAAGCGCAGCAGCUGGAAGUGGAAGGAGGAGACGUCAAGCUCAUUUCAGCGAUGCAGAAGGACAACAACAAGGCCUGGGACGUGUCCUCCGAGUGGACCCGCUCCCUGCGCUCAUUCCCAAAGGUCAUAAAACCAAAGCUGAUGCGGCUGUCCGAGCUGGUGAAGGAGGUUCCAUGCGCCGAGCUCAAGAGGUUCAACCUGGACCGGGCCUUGGAAGAGUACCUUAGCGAGAGUGACGCGUGCCACUGCCGUCCUUGUAGGAACAACGGCCUGGCUUUCAUGGAGGAAGGCGAAUGCAAAUGUAUUUGUAAAUCCGGCACGUCAGGGCUGGCCUGUGAGAACGGACGUGACGUAAAAGAAAUAGACGUGACUGACGGAAGCUGGUCCUGCUGGUCUGCGUGGUCCACGUGUUCCGGGGGUCAGAAGUCGCGAAGCCGCUCGUGCUCCAACCCCGCUCCCCAGGAUGGUGGGCAGGCGUGUAAAGGAGACGGCACUGAGACCACAUUUGACUGUGACCACACGGAACACUUCAAAAUAUCUGAGCCUCAAUGCCUUGAACCAACGGCCCCUAUAAAACCAACAUGUGGGACUCCGCCUGCACUCAUCAAUGGCUACAUUCUGAUGCCAAAAGAUGUCUAUCUUGUGGGCAGCGAGGUUGAAUACAAUUGCACCAGCGGGUUCCACCUCUUUGGACAAAACAUCUUGGAAUGUAAUGCCAAUCAAAAGUGGUCGGCCAGGCCUGGAUUGUGCAACUUGCCAAGGUGCAAGCUGCGGUCCCUCGCUCAUGACAUCAUCGUUAGCCCGUUAGAGGCGUCCUACGGAAUCGGAGACACGGUGACUCUGUCUUGUCCUGCGGGAAGUCAAUUUAUUGGUCACCGUAAAAUUGUUUGUGGUAGCAAACUGAAGUUCUCUCCAGACCCUGAAAAUUUUGAAUGCAUUGAAGUCAUCAAGCAGCAACAGCAGCAGCGGCGGCAGUUACGUUUCCCUCGCUCAACGCGCUGUGAACCCUGGGAGAAGCCGGCUGGAGGACAAUGUGUUUGUAAGAUGCCCUUUGAAUGCAGGUCUUCUUUGGAAGUGUGUGCCACCGAUGUUGCUAGUGGCAGGUCAGUUGUUGUCAGUGUGUGCAAACUCCACACACUCAGGUGUAUGCACAUCAACUACAAGUUAGCACCGGAGAGCGCCUGCAAGUGGCCGCAGCGCAACACUACAUCAGGCUGCAACGACUGUCAGAUGUGGGAAACCUGUGACGAGCACAGCGGGGAGUGUCGUUGUAAGGACCACGCAGAGUGUUUGACUCUGGGGUUUGAAGUGUGCGUCCGCACCGGGGAGGAUGCGCUUACCAGAGGAAGCAUGAGUGAAUGUGAAGCAGGACUGAGGCGCUGCAAAGGAGAAAAAGUCUCUGUUGUGGAUAUUGUGCCCUGUGACUCUUAAUUCAUUCACUGCCAGCCUUCCCAGUUAACAUUUGACUUCUAAAGCCGUCAAUGGCAGUGAAUGUGUUAAGGACGCGGGGAGAAGAAAUUAAUUGCAUGCAUCAAAAUUAAAGCAAAUAACAGCAACAACAAUGAGCAAUGUAUUUACUGCACUAUCAAUGUGUGUCCAUGACUAUUACACACUGUAGGUGGGAUUUAGUCACAUACAGUAUGGGUAAAUCAUAAACAAGUCAACCAAACCAAAAACUGAAUAUUACACAACGAACAACACCAGUACAGCCCUUUUUGACUGA